AUGUCAGAGCUCCCACACGGCGCCUCACCUCCUUUGUCGACCUACGCCUACAUAACCUUCCAGCUGCCACCACCCUCGCCAUCCUCCUUGCCUAACACGGUCAACGACUCCACCAACAUGGGUCCUACGCGCAGUUCGAAUAGGUCGACACGCCGCCAACAGGCCUCGCGGCGAGGCCGUACACAGCGCGGCUCUCCGCCUCCUCAGACCAUGCAGUUGCCGCCAGGCUACACGGCACAAAACCUCAUCCCGGAGCCAGGCAUCGCUGAGAGAACGCCUCGUCCUCCUAGAAAGUCUCAUGCGAGACGGCAGCCUGCCGGUCACGUCCCUCGCCCGCGCAACGCCUUUAUUAUCUUCCGCUGCGAUUUUGUCGCGGCAAGACUGAUACCGGCGCACACCGAGAACAACCAUCGAAAUAUAUCGCGUUACGCAGGUUUCGUCUGGAGCCAGCUCAGCACCGCGCAGCGCACUCCAUGGACGACGAGAGCUGACGAAGAGAAGCGGAGGCACAAGGCCAGAUAUCCCGAUUAUCGAUACAACCCGGGCUCGUCCACCGAUGACUCGUCGCCUUCUGCUGCCGCCGGCCACUCGGUCUCUCAGACAAGCAGCCCUGGCGGUGACUAUAUUGUCAUGAGCCCUCUCCCUUUCGAGCUGAGCGCCUCGCCGGCCGCUUACCACGAGGCUCAGCAUCUGCAGACUCCGGGCCAGCGACCGCACUCCGCGCCGCCGGACGCCGGUGUCAACGAGCCUGAGCUGCAUAUGCCACAGCCAGCUCACUUCCCUUUACCAGUCGCUUUCUUCUCAGAGCCAUCGCCGGGCGCUGCUGCCACCGUGGUCAAUCACCAUGCGCCAUCACCCGCCUAUUUGGGGACCGCGGCGGCACCCACCCUCGCACAGCACGACGGGUUCGUCGGGGCCCCAUCUACCAUGUACCAGACGGUACCGGUGACGCCCUACGCAUACGACUGGCGAGCCGCUAAUACAGAUGAUCCUGCUUUGCGUCGAUACCAUGAGGCUAUGCAGCAUUACACCUUGUAUGCGCCACCCGAGACAGACAAGAAGCCUACUGAAGAGGAGCUUGCCGCCGCGUCGUACGAACGUGCCGCUUCGACGACAGACUUCUUAGCCCCUUCCCCGUACGCAUUAGAACUGGAGCCAUUUCUCCCGCACGCGCAUUACGCUCCCUACCAUAGCAGUCUCGACUUGCCUUACGGUCCUCAGGGCGACGAAUUUUGGGCCGGCACGGUGUAUACCCCGUACACUGCGGAGUCUUCGGGGAGUGCUCAUAGUGGUUACGCGGCAUACUCACCACCGUCACCGGACUCGACGACGCUUGGUUCUGCCACGCUUGUGGAAGAUCUGGACCCUUGCCUGGUCACCAGCACACAGACGUACGAGUCUCAGAAGGGCAUAGUCCUGCCAUGGGUUCCGAGUAUGAUAUAG